AUGCAAAAACAGCUGAAAGAAGUUCGAGUAAAAUACGAAAAAAUGCAAAUUGAGGUCACUGAGCAUGGAAGGCAAUGGCACGCUGAAAUGGACAGGACAGUGCAAAAGUUCUCUGAAGAAAUAAAGAGUAUGGAAGAUCGAGACAUUACGCUCUUAAAGAAACAAAUAGAAGAAAGCAAAGCUCUCCUUAGGGCUCUCAGUAUUCACUGUAAAGAAGUGAAGAAGUUUGCCAAUUCUUUUAAUUUUAAAGAUAUUCUUAAUUAUCAAUUAAGAAAGGAAACAUCACAUCGUUUUAAAUUUUUUUCAACCAUGCCCUCAUUUACCUCCACAAAAAUCAAAGCAAAUAAAAUGUAUGAAACUUUUGGCAAACUUUUAUCCCAAAUACCACAAGAAGUAAAAUCAUUUGCUUCAAAACAGGACACUGUCCGCAAAUUAUGCAGUAGAUCAACCAUCUGUAGGUCUUUGGAAACCAGAGUUGAUACAAUUUGCAAUCUUGUGUGCAUUGAUGACAAUACUGUCUGGCUAAAUGGUGAAAACAAUGCAAUAAUAUGCUUCAAGGAUACUAGUGUUGAAUUUGAAAGACAUACAACAGUAUCGGGAUACAAACCCACUAAUUUGGCCAUUACCAGACAAGGAGAUUUGGUAUAUGCCGUCUGCCAUUCACUGCAUAGCCAUGCUUACAUAAUUACCAAUGGCAAACUCAAAGAACUGAUCACUUUUGAUGACUGGAGACCUAUUGGAGUUUGUUGCACAGCAGAGGAUGAAUUUCUGGUCUCCCUGGAAAGCAAGGAUGAAACCCAGGUCAAAAUUGCUCGCUUCUCUGAUUCGGAAAUAAUUCAAGAAAUUCAGUACGAUGACCAUCAUCAACCUCUCUACCAGGCUGGGAAAUAUUACAUCCUGGUGGAAGAAAACAAAAAUCUGGAUGUCUGUGCAUCAGAUCCAAACAAAAAUGAAGUGGUUGUCACCGACAAAAAUGGAACUCUGCGAUGGAGAUAUAAAGGAAAUCUGCAACCUGGAAAAUUCUCCUUUUUCUCCUAG